AUGGUUUUUACUUAUCCAAGACCAUACCCUACCUGCGGAAAGAAACUCAAGAAUAGAAGUUCCUAUCCACGUCAUAGGAAAUAUUGCGGGAAGACAACAGUCCCUAUUCCAUGCCCGUAUUGUGAAUCAACUUUUAAAAGAAAAGAUGAUCUGUCAAAACAUAACAAACACUUCCAUUCUGAAAAAGCUAAGAGAAAAGCAGAAGAAAGCAGUGAAUUAGCGAGGAUGGAGUUAUUACAUGCAGACAAAGUACCCCAUUUAUCAAUUGAAAGUCAGACGGGUGGGGCUGUGACUACUAGACGCAUGAAAAAAGACCUUGACAGUGAGAAGAAGGACCUAAACCCUGUGAAAAAAGAAGAGCCACAGGCAGUCAAAAGAAAAUUAGACGAUGAAGAUGAUGUUGAUAUGUCUCACCUCAUGGACGACGACCUGGAUGAUUUUUUGGGAGAGAGAGCCAACCGUUUGGAACUGUCUGAGAAUCCUUUGUUCAAAGCCAAUCUCACGUUUCUACCAUACAAACGGCAAGGUUUAAAGGGAGCAGUCAAAAAAGAGCAAUUUUCCGUCACGUUUGAUCAGCUACGUAAAGCCACCGAAGAGGAAUCUUUGGGAGAUGGGUUGUCGGAGUCCCUCUUUGAAGCGGUAAGAGAUAUUAUCUUAAAGGAAAAAUUGCCGGAUUCAACUAAAGUCCAUCUCACUUUAACCUCAAAGGAACAUUCCAAUGGCACUGUGAAUUCAGGAUUUUUAUCUCACGUAAAAUAUGGGAUUCCCGUCAAAGAGUUCGUGAAACGUGGCGAUUAUGUUCAUGCUAUCACAGCAUGAAAAAUCAAAUUUACGUGAGCGUAAUGACAACGUAAAGUCAGCGUAUAGUUGAACUUUACACAACUUUACGCUUCCUUUACCCUACGUAAAGUUCAGCUUUACAGCACCUUUACGCGUACAUAUAAAGCUGGCGUAAUGAAACAAAAACUUUACGCAACACCUUUACGUUUUGCGUAAAGCUUGUGUAAACCCUACUUUAAGCUUGUGUAAAGCGAAAAUACAAGCUCCUUUACGCCAUAUAUAUAUAUACACAUAAACACACUGGAAACUUUAAAAAUAAAGGGAAAUAUAAUGGUAAUCGGUAAAUUUUUCUUACCAAACUUUUAACAAUCAAAAUUUUAUUUUUGUCCAUGUCACACAAACAUUGGAUUUUUGUUAUGUACUUAAUAACGGUUAUUUUCUUUGGUUCCCCAUCAUCUCUCCAUAGUAUUUACAAUCUGGAGCCAUGGAGGAUUACUCAUAUAUACAUUACAAAUAAUUGUAUGAGUAAUCCUCAAUUCAAGUUUCGACACAAAAUAAAAUACCCUAAUAUGUAACAACACUUCAACACACAGUUAAAGGAUUAGGCCAGAAAUUUUGUUUUUAUUCUUCAAAACUGACAACAAAAACGAAAAGUUAUAAAGCGUUGAGAACCCAAUAGACCUAUAGAAAAAUAAGAACCCAACUUCAAACUGACAUUAGUCAUCCCUACUAUUAAGUUAUAUAUAACUUGCUUUAAUGGAGUUAUAUUGUUUAACCAGUAGAUGAACUUUGAAUAAGUAGUAGUUUAAAAAAUAGGGCCCCUUUCCGUUCCAAUUUUGCAUUACCAUAACCAAUUUUCAAAUUGCCUAUCUUUAUUUUUACAUUUCAAAUCCCAUGAAAAUCGCCAGGUAUGCUACAUUGUUGUAACUGCAAAAGCUGCAAAUACGAAUCGCAUUCUUUAAGUUUAGUCCCGCAAAGAGUGAUAUUACAAGGUUUUAAAAAACAAAACACACUGAUUCUCUAAAACUGAAUUUUCUAAAUAUAACAUGAUUUAUUUCUGUGUUAGCAUCUUUGUCAUUACAUUAAAAAAUAAAAAAAUAAAAACGAAAAUUUUUCCAACACGUAAGGUUUAAAUAAGAAGAUACAGUGUACAUAAACUUUUCAAAUGGGUCAAAACAGUCUUCUCAAAAUAUCCAAAAAAAAUCAUCUUAACUUAGUAUUAUACCAAAUUAAGAUGAUUUAUAGUCUGAAAUAAUUAUUAGCAUUUACAUGUAAGGUACAGGGUGUACAAGAAAACUGGUGAAGUUAAAUUUUGAUAAAAAACCAGCAACUCUAACACGCAAAUUCAUGUAAAGGUGGGUCAAAAUGGUCUCUUCCAAAAUGAAAAUAUUUAGUAUAAUUUAGCAUAAUUCAAAUUAAAAGCUUAAACAAUUUUAGAUAAGAAAUAAAAAGACUGAAAGCCUAAUGCAUGUAUAACAUUGAUGGUUUCUUGAUUUAGCCUUUUCACUCCCAGAAGUGUUUACAGUCAAACUUAACAACAAAAUCCAAAUAACAAAUCAUUUUCAUAAACUGAUGAUGUAAAAGUUAGAUGCACAAGGCUGUCACUAAGAUUGCAAGUUGCAGGGUUUAAGUGAAAUUAGUGAGCGGGACAUUGAAAAUGUGGAAAGUUUCGUUUCCUCUCAAAACAGCCAAGUAUUGGGCUCAAAGGAGCCAAUUUAAAGUCUGGUUUAUGGCCCUUAGUGACAGCCCUAGAACCACUUUACAAGACUAAGGCUUGUAAUUAACAUGUAUUAAUCCUGUUUGCUUUGAGCGGACUUUCUGUCACCAACAUCCCAUACCAGGCUGAUCUGCUGAAUAAAUAGAAAGCAAGUAUUAUUUGAGUAAACUACACAGAUUAUUUGUAGGCUAGUGAUAAUACACUUAAUCGCGCACUAAAGGCACAAGUACAUGUACAGUAAGGGGGUGUUGACAUGAGAAAACUCACACCGGCGCGAGUCUCAUACCGGGAUGACUUUUUGAUUUUGUAUCGGGUUUACAUUAUGACUGAGUCAUUUCAUAUCUCGUUAUUUGAAGGUACACUUUAUGUUGAUAAAAUACAAGUGUGAUACAAAAUAGCAAACAUUACGCGUGCGCUACCCAUUCCAGUCUACCGCCAGACCGAUUUCAUGCCGAAACGGGUGGUCGUUUCGCAUUUACAUGAUACUGCCAUGAGAUUUUGUACCAGAGUGAGAUUCUCGCCCCGGUACAAGAACCGGGGUGAACUCGCGCUGGGGUGACUCGCGCCUGCAUGACAUUUUGUGGUGGUAUCAUGUAAACAAAUAUAGAGCUAUGAGAGGGAACCGGAGUGAACUCGCUCCGGGGCAAAAGUUGCCCCGGUGUCAUGUAAACACCCCCUAAGUUGCCAGAGGACACCGCCUGCUAUUACUAAUUAAUAAUAUUUUUUCCUACACUCAUGGCCAAAUUACUACAAUCAGCACAAUUUUACUUGACACAGGGUUCCCCACAUGCCUCUUUUCACAAACCAAGACUAAAAAUUGGAAAAAAAUGAUAAGGCAUUUUCCACAAGUGGUCUAAUAACAGUGCAAAACCUGAGUAGCAAAUGAUUUCAAUGUCCACAAAUUCACACAACUGAAUAAGAUUCAUCUGACUGUUAAAGAUUCAAAAUGUUUGACUAGUAUGAGUUAAAGGCUUUCCUUAAAGGCAAUAAUAUUUACAUUCAGAACCCUACUUGCAGUUGAGUGAAAAUCAGGGUAAAAUGCUACAUGGAAACCCUAUAAUAAUAAUAAUAAUAAUAAUAAUAAUAGUAAUGAACUUUAUUAAAGUCUCAUGUCUUGUAACACAGGCACAGUGCCUUACUAGUUGGGGAGACUGAAGCAUAUAUAUAUGUUAAAUUUAUUAACAAUGGUUUAUUAUAUUAUUAGAGUUCAAUGUUUUACAAUGUAUAUCUUUUUUUUAUUUUAAUGUAUGCAUUUUUAUAAAAGAAUCAUCCAUUAAUAUCGUUGUAAAAAGCUAUGAAAAACUACUGGAUGUACAUUAUUAUUAUUAUUAGAGAGUAAGCAGUGCGCAAAGAAAGUAGUGUCCGAUAGCCCGGGGCUAGUGGAUUUUGCUAUUGAGCUAGUGAAUUUUGAACUUAACUUGCCUGAUGGGCAAGUGAAGUUUUUUUGAGGAAUUCAAAUUAACGAAGAACUGUGAAAUCGAUUCUGCUCAUCAAAACGGUUUGGGGGCUAGUUGAAAUGACAUUUGGGCUAGUAUAUGCUAGCUUCAGCUUGCCCGAAUGGCAAGCUUUAAAAGUCACCUUCUUUGCACCCUGGUAAGAGAGAAAUUUUCCUAUCCAUUUGUCCUUCACACAAGCAAUACAUUAAAUUUGGUUGUCCGAGACCUAGAGUUCUUGUCCAAAAAGUUUAGCUUGCAACGGGCAUUUAAUGUUUUUAAUGACAUUAUUUAAUCACAUUAUUACCCUUGUAUAUUAUUUUUGAAUUAAACCUACAACAGAGCUUGUAAAAAAGCAAAUGGAUGAAACGACUGGCAGUGGAAUGGCAAAGUUAAAUGGAAUAUUGUUUCUUAUCUUUAUUUUUCUAAUUAAAAAUGUGCUUGUCCCACGGACAAGUCAUAUCAAAGGUUUACAUGUUCGAACUAAAUUUCUACCUGUCCCGGACUAAAGUUCCAAAUCAAUAAACAUCCCUAGCCUUCUCAUGAGCUCCACCAAAGACUUUCAGGGAAAAUAUAGAAACAUAUAAGCACCAUAUUCCCAAAAGUUUCAAAUUUUCCUGAAACUUUACCUAAUAUAUUUUUUUCCUUUUUAAUACGAAACGUUCAAGGUUCCUAGUUAAUGUAACAGGAGUGAAGCCACUUUGCUAUUUAAAGCCCUUAUCCUCAAUCUUGAAAACAAUGCCUCCUAAUAAUAAUGUACAGUGUACCCUGUAAAUAAAGCGGGAGAGUUGAAAAAACUGACCCCCACUCCGCGGACUACCCACUGACCCCACUCCGCGGACUACUCUACGGACUACUCCGCGGACUACUCUACGGACUAGUCCGCGGACUACCCUGCGGACUACCCUAACUAAUCAACCAAAUUUACUUUCACGGAGAAAAGAGUUAGAAGAAGCGUACCUGCCUACAAGAUCACACUUGAUAAACAGCCGCCAUCUUGAUUUUCGCCAUUUUACUCGACCCAGCACAGGUAACCCAGGCUCUGUGAUAGUACUACAGUGCGGUUCCAGUAAAAUUACAGUGUUUGUAUGGGGUAAAAAUAUCAUCCUAAAAUUUCUAGGAAAUACUAAAUAAAGAUCAAUGAAACUUACUUUGCAGUUAAUUGUUGUUGUCCUUAUUGCUCCAACGAGGUUUCGUGAUAAUUUGUAGUAAUUUGUUCAAAUUCACUCUAUCUACAAUAAUAAUAUACAAGGUAGGAAACACGAGGUGCCAUUUUCGCCGACAUGCUCUCAUUCAACACAACUUUUUCCACGAAAUUCGAACUCCAACGGAAAAUAAACAUGCCAGGAUCGUAGAAAUAGGAUAGUAGCAGAUAUAGAAACCAAUGAAGCUUUCCCAGAUAGAGAAACGAAUCCCACAGACUUGGACAAACUCGAAGAAUAUAAUCCAAACACACCGAGAAUACGCUCGCCGAAGCAGCCGGGCCAGAUCAACGCGCGGCCAAGAAAAUGAAGCCUGGGCACUGUACAAAAAAAUUCCAUCCCGGGGGUCCUGGGGUGACCUUUCUAGGGACCGAUACAUCAUUUGCCCAAAGCCACCCUCCCCUGCUGGAAAAAUACUUGAUAGAAGGCAAUUGUUCUUCCUAGCCAAUCACUAUGGCCUGUUAUAAAGAGAUUAUUUUCCUCUCGAACUAUAUUCAGCUCCUGGCGCUGGUCCUCAGAAAGUUUAUCAAACAUCAAUAGGGCAAGGUUAUAAGGGCAAAGGAAAGAACAACGAAGGACGAUUUACAAAACUUGAAAACGAGCAAAAGAUAUAAGUGAAUUUUGGCUCUUACCGAGGCAUUUGUACAACAGGACCAAAUUCAAAGAGAGGUGUAUCACGAUGAUUCACAUAUUUAACCGAUAGAGCGUUCACUUGUAUUGACAAGAAGUCGGCGUGUUACUGCUGCAUUAAUCGCUAAAUAUGUUAAUCGCGCUAGUUCUUUGUUUACUAGUGCACGUGCCUUUCGCAUUCGUCUCAGUUAUCGCAAUUCAUAUUCUGUCGCAAUUUUCUGUAUAAUUUUUGACAUUAGUUUGUAAGCUUCACCGUUUAUUUACGAUAGUUUCGCUCGAGAGUUCACAGCAACAGUAUCUCAGUCAUCAUCUACCUUUUGUUCAACCUUGUUUUUAGCCCGCCUUGUAAGCAUUUCGCGUUGUUAUUUCAUUAGUUUCAUUACCGUUAUUUGCAUUCCUUAGUAAAAGAAAUGGGACGCCUUGUAACUCCGCAGACUCUCCUGAUAUAUCAUUUUUUUUUAGCCAUUUAAAUUCAGGCGCGUGUGCGGGGUUUGCUCUGGCAAAUGGUGAUUGGCUAGGAAGAACAAUUGCCUUCUAUCAAGUAUUUUUCCAGCAGGGGAGGGUGGCUUUGGGCAAAUGAUGUAUCGGUCCCUAGAAAGGUCACCCCAGGAUCGCCGGGAUGGAAUAUUUUUGUACAGUGCCCAGGCCUCAUUUUCUUGGCCGCGCGUUGAUCUGGCCCGGCUGCUUCGGCGAGCGUAUUCUCGGUGUGUUUGGAUUAUAUUCUUCGAGUUUGUCCAAGUCUGUUGGAUUCGUUUCUCCAUCUGGGAAAGCUUCAUUGGUUUCUAUAUCUGCUGCUAUCCUAUUUCUACGAUCCUGGCAUGUUUAUUUUCCGUUGGAGUUCGAAUUUCGUGGAAAAAAGUUGUGUUGAAUGAGAGCAUGUCGGCGAAAAUGGCACCUCGUGUUUCCUACCUUGUAUAUUAUUAUUGUAGAUAGAGUGAAUUUGAACAAAUUACUGCAAAUUAUCACGAAACUUCGUUGGAGCAAUAAGGACAACAACAAUUAACUGCAGAGUAAGUUUCAUUGAUCUUUAUUUAGUAUUUCCUAGAAAUUUUAGGAUGAUAUUUUUACCCCAUACAAACACUGUAAUUUUACUGGAACCGUACUGUGGUACUAUCACAGAGCCUGGGUUACCUGUGGACCCAGCUCUCCUUUAGCUUCGCCCCAGUCUUCAUCGGCCACAAGUCAGAGCACGCCGUUCAGCAAUGGAUGACCGGUAAUUGUGUGUUGAAUAUUCAUCCCUUUUAAUUUGUUUCAAUUGUUUGCCUGAGAAAAUGCAAGGGGUGACAGGCCGCACAUCUAUACCGGCGUGAAACCUUGUGUAAACCUUUUAUAUUCUAAUUCGCUACCCCGCUCAAACGAAUAUAAAACAUUUAUCAUGUAACAAGCAACCUCAACUGGGGUGUGUCAACAAGCGCCGUGUGCGACCCUCUUUAUUAUGCCUUCAUCAACAGAAUGGAUGGAAAUAAUACAACAAACAGAAUGAAAACUCGGAAAUGUAAAAAAUUACAGCAAGAAGAACAACCCUACAAAAUGAUCUAAACUAUGCUCGUAUAACAAUGAUUCAGUAAACAUACAAAACGUGCUAAACCUUUCAUAUAGCAGCAUGCAAAAAACUACGUCUAAGAGAAACCCCUGGUCACUGGGUAUUUAAUUUUGAGGGCGUAGGGACGGUCGUAAGACGCGAAUGAAUAUAUAUGAGAACAACUCGAAUAUAUAUAGCCUACCGCUAAUGAAGCAACAGAACAGCAUACCAUGUAACACCCCAAAGAAAAGGUUACAUAACCCAUGAUAAAUACAUUUAUAUUUUAGCUCUAACGAGCAUGUCCUUUAGGGAUUUUCCUUUCUUGUAGGAAAUGAUAGGUGGUUCUUUAAAAAUUUGGCGAAGUAACGGUUGGGUUUGUAUAAGAUUCCAGUUUUUCAUUAAAACUUCUUUUAAAGUAGACACUGAGGGCUGGUACUGUGUCACGAAAGGCAAUAUUUCUUUUUCCUCUUUGUUGUUGUGUUUCAAGAGAGCAGACUCCCUCUCUGUGAACUUUAUAUCUGGUAGAAGGUUUUCUAUCAUAGUUUGUGGGUAGCCUCUGUCAAUCAAGCGUAUUUUGAAAUUUGAAAUAUUUUCCUCAAACGUAGUUUUUGAGGAGUUUGUUCGUAGGAUUCUCAAGGCUUCUCCUUUGACAAAUCCUUUUUUAACACUCGGCGGGUGACAAGAGGUGAAAUGUGUGUACUGGAAGGUUUCCGUUUUUUCAAAAUGUGUCUUUACAUCAAGGAUAGAUUUUUCCUUGAAUCUUGUGCCUUUGUAUACAAUCGUGUCUAAAAACACAGUCUCAGUGUCAGAUAUUUCGGCCGUGAAUUUGAUAGUUGGGUGAUUUAAGUUCGCUUGUUCGAUGAAGGCUUCGAAGGUUUUAAAAAUUUUAAAAAUUAAAAAUUAUCAAGUGUGAUCUUGUAGGCAGGUACGCUUCUUGUAACUCUUUUCUCCGUGAAAGUAAAUUUGGUUGAUUAGUUAGGGUAGUCCGCAGGGUAGUCCGCGGACUAGUCCGUAGAGUAGUCCGCGGAGUAGUCCGUAGAGUAGUCCGCGGAGUGGGGUCAGUGGGUAGUCCGCGGAGUGGGGGUCAGUUUUUUCAACUCUCCCAAAUAAAGCAGCCUAUUUUCUUUCCUUGCCACCAGGGACAUUUCACAAGAGAGACAGUUGUAUUUGCAGAUUAAUAAUGGUGUAUGUAGACAAGAGAAUCCAAAACAGCUAUGACUGCUAUGACUCUCUUAACAGUCUUACCUUUCACAACUUGUUUCUUUAAAUUUUAUUUUCCUUUAAACCUAGAUUUACUGACGAUACAACUAUGGUGCAAAUAGAACAAUUUCUGGUUUCUAACAUGACUGUGUGCUUUGCUUCCCAAAAAGUAAGACAUUCAAUUUCCUGACAGUAUGUGCUGCACUAUAUCCUCUCAAGAACCACAAUAUCAUUUCAUAGGAGCAGUGCACAAUGAAGAUUAAAAUUAAUGGUAAUAUAUGAAAUGAAUCAUACUUUGAACUGCAGAUGAAGGUAUGAAACUGUGAAGAUGUUAACAACUACGUUGGCACUUACAUGAAAAUACAUUCUAAUUCAAUCAUGGUCUGCAUUAGCUAUGCAUUGAAAGACUCAUGAAAAUGUCUAUUCAUUCUCUGUUCAUUUAAGUUAAAACCCACGCAAUUUAAAAUCAAAAAUAAACUUUUGUAUCUGCUUCAAAAAAUACAUGCAUGCUGUUAAAUUAUUCACCACUUAUGAUGCUAUGACCACCCGGGGAAUUGGGAAGCUUGGGUUUGUUAUUGACUGACGCAUGAAAAUAUAGAACCAGACUACGUAGAUUAUCUUUGCCUACUUGCAAAUUCAACACUUGUUAACACUUUUCUAUUCUGUUUAUUAGUUCUUCUAUAGUCUGUGAAAAUUUUCAUAAGAAUCUUUGUAUCACAUUACAUGUAAGCUUACUUUAUACAGAUGUCCUUUCUUAAUUCCAUUAUUUUCUUUUAGUAAUUCCCAGUACCAGUGACCAAACUCCUAUUUUCCAGUACAAAACAAGGAAAUUCUACUCCUUCAGACCCCCAAAGUCCUUACAUGAUUUUACAUUAUCAUCUUCAACGUCAUGGUCUCGUUGCUUGCUUAGUAUUGAAAGGUUAUGCCAAAUAAAUACACAUGUUUAGUUAUAAUUUACUUUAAACGGUUAAUGCUGGUUUCAUUGCUCACUGAAAUGUUAGUUACUGAGUACUUGAGACAGUCAUUCGAACUCGUCAUAAACAAGUUGGAAUUAAGCUUAAAAAGUUAGAGAAAAGGCGAGCCAGGACAACUUACCUUGCCUUACUAUCUGCUCUUUUCAGCGAGAUCUUGAGUAUCGAAGAGCCUUAGUAAUACGUGUAAUACAGUCUUAGUCUGUGAUGGGUAUGCACUACAUGCAUGGUAGCACACCAUAUAGUCGUGCAACAUAAAUCAAAUGAACACUGUGUAUAACGUCUUGUAAGUAGUACGCAUUUCUCAAAACUCCUCUUUUCUGUACUUUCUACUCCUCGCUUGUCUCUUGUGUCCUUUUAUGUCCUUUUAUGUACUUAGUAGUCCAUUUCUGUCCUCAUUAGUCCUUUUCUGUCCUUACAAGUCCUUUUGUGCCCUUUUCCGUCCUUUUCUGUCCUUGUUAGUCCUUUUCUGUCCUUACUAAUCCUUUCCCGUCCUUUUACGUCCUUACUAGUCCUUUUAUGUCCUUAUUAGUCCUUUUGUGUCCUUACUAAUCCUUUCCCGUCCUUUUACGUCCUUAUUAGUCCUUUUAUGUCCUUAUUAGUCCUUUUGUGUCCUUACUAAUCCUUUUGUGUCCUUACUAAUCCUUUCCGGUCCUUUUACGUCCUUAUUAGUCCUUUUAUGUCCUUAUUAGUCCUUUUGUGUCCUUACUAGUCCUUUUGUGUCCUUACUAAUCCUUUCCCGUCCUUUUACGUCCUUAUUAGUCCUUUUAUGUUCUUAUUAGUCCUUUUGUGUCCUUACUAAUCCUUUCCCGUCCUUUUACGUCUUUAUUAGUCCUUUUAUGUCCUUAUUAGUCCUUUUACGUCCUUACUAGUCCUUUCCCGUCCUUUUACGUCCUUAUUAGUCCUUUUAUGUCCUUACUAAUCCUUUCCCGUCCUUUUACGUCCUUAUUAGUCCUUUUAUGUCCUUAUUAGUCCUUUUCUGUCCUUACUAAUCCUUUCCCGUCCUUUUACGUCCUUACUAGUCCUUUUAUGUCCUUAUUAGUCCUUUUGUGUCCUUACUAAUCCUUUCCCGUCCUUUUACGUCCUUAUUAGUCCUUUUAUGUCCUUACUAAUCCUUUCCCGUCCUUUUACGUCCUUACUAGUCCUUUUACGUCCUUUUUAGUCCUUUUAUGUCCUUACUAGUCCUUUUCUAUCCUUACUAGUCCUUUUAUGUCCUUUUACGUCCUUAUUAGUCCUUUUGUGUCCUUACUAAUCCUUUCCCGUCCUUUUACGUCCUUAUUAGUCCUUUUAUGUCCUUACUAAUCCUUUCCCGUCCUUUUACGUCCUUACUAGUCCUUUUAUGUCCUUAUUAGUCCUUUUGUGUCCUUACUAAUCCUUUCCCGUCCUUUUACGUCCUUAUUAGUCCUUUUAUGUCCUUAUUAGUCCUUUUGCGUCCUUACUAGUCCUUUCCCGUCCUUUUACGUCCUUAUUAUUCCUUUUAUGUCCUUACUAAUCCUUUCCCGUCCUUUUACGUCCUUAUUAGUCCGUUUAUGUCCUUAUUAGUCCUUUUCUGUCCUUACUAAUCCUUUCCCGUCCUUUUACGUCCUUACUAGUCCUUUUAUGUCCUUAUUAGUCCUUUUGUGUCCUUACUAAUCCUUUCCCGUCCUUUUACGUCCUUAUUAGUCCUUUUAUGUCCUUACUAAUCCUUUCCCGUCCUUUUACGUCCUUACUAGUCCUUUUACGUCCUUUUUAGUCCUUUUAUGUCCUUACUAGGCCUUUUCUAUCCUUACUAGUCCUUUUAUGUCCUUUUACGUCCUUAUUAGUCCUUUUGUGUCCUUACUAAUCCUUUCCCGUCCUUUUACGUCCUUAUUAGUCCUUUUAUGUCCUUACUAAUCCUUUCCCGUCCUUUUACGUCCUUACUAGUCCUUUUAUGUCCUUAUUAGUCCUUUUGUGUCCUUACUAAUCCUUUCCCGUCCUUUUACGUCCUUAUUAGUCCUUUUAUGUCCUUACUAAUCCUUUCCCGUCCUUUUACGUCCUUACUAGUCCUUUUACGUCCUUUUUAGUCCUUUUAUGUCCUUACUAGGCCUUUGCUAUCCUUACUAGUCCUUUUAUGUCCUUUUACGUCCUUAUUAGUCCUUUUGUGUCCUUACUAAUCCUUUCCCGUCCUUUUACGUCCUUUUUAGUCCUUUUAUGUCCUUACUAGGCCUUUUCUAUCCUUACUAGUCCUUUUAUGUCCUUUUACGUCCUUAUUAGUCCUUUUGUGUCCUUACUAGUCCUUUUCUGUCCUUACUAGUCCUUUUAUGUCCUUUUACGUUCUUGUUAGUCCUUUUGUGUCCUUACUAAUCCUUUUCCGUCCUUUACGUCCUUACUAGUCCUUUUAUGUCCUUAUUAGUCCUUUUGUGUCCUUACUAAUCCUUUCCGGUCCUUUUAUGUCCUUAUUAGUCCUUUUAUGUCCUUAUUAGUCCUUUUGUGUCCUUACUAGUCCUUUUGUGUCCUUACUAAUCCUUUCCCGUCCUUUUAUGUCCUUAUUAGUCCUUUUAUGUCCUUAUUAGUCCUUUUGUGUCCUUACUAAUCCUUUCCCGUCCUUUUACGUCUUUAUUAGUCCUUUUAUGUCCUUAUUAGUCCUUUUGCGUCCUUACUAGUCCUUUCCCGUCCUUUUACGUCCUUAUUAGUCCUUUUAUGUCCUUACUAAUCCUUUCCCGUCCUUUUACGUCCUUAUUAGUCCUUUUAUGUCCUUAUUAGUCCUUUUCUGUCCUUACUAAUCCUUUCCCGUCCUUUUACGUCCUUACUAGUCCUUUUAUGUCCUUAUUAGUCCUUUUGUGUCCUUACUAAUCCUUUCCCGUCCUUUUACGUCUUUCCUUUUACGUCUUUAUUAGUCCUUUUAUGUCCUUAUUAGUCCUUUUGCGUCCUUACUAGUCCUUUCCCGUCCUUUUACGUCCUUAUUAUUCCUUUUAUGUCCUUACUAAUCCUUUCCCGUCCUUUUACGUCCUUAUUAGUCCUUUUAUGUCCUUAUUAGUCCUUUUAUGUCCUUACUAAUCCUUUCCCGUCCUUUUACGUCCUUACUAGUCCUUUUACGUCCUUUUUAGUCCUUUUAUGUCCUUACUAGGCCUUUUCUAUCCUUACUAGUCCUUUUAUGUCCUUUUACGUCCUUAUUAGUCCUUUUGUGUCCUUACUAAUCCUUUCCCGUCCUUUUACGUCCUUUUUAGUCCUUUUAUGUCCUUACUAGGCCUUUUCUAUCCUUACUAGUCCUUUUAUGUCCUUUUACGUCCUUAUUAGUCCUUUUGUGUCCUUACUAGUCCUUUUCUGUCCUUACUAGUCCUUUUAUGUCCUUUUACGUUCUUAUUAGUCCUUUUGUGUCCUUACUAAUCCUUUCCCGUCCUUUUACGUCCUUUUUAGUCCUUUUACGUCCUUACUAGUCCUUUUCUGUCCUUACUAGUCCUUUUAUGUCCUUUUACGUCCUUACUAAUCCUUUUCUGUCCUUACUAGUAAUUUUAUGUCCUUACUAGUCCUUUUAUGUCCUUUUACGUUCUUAUUAGUCCUUUUGUGUCCUUACUAAUCCUUUCCCGUCCUUUUACGUCCUUUUUAGUCCUUUUACGUCCUUACUAGUCCUUUUCUGUCCUUACUAGUCCUUUUAUGUCCUUACUAGUCCUUUUAUGUCCUUACUAGGCCUUUUCUAUCCUUACUAGUCCUUUUAUGUCCUUUUACGUCCUUACUAAUCCUUUUCUGUCCUUACUAGUAAUUUUAUGUCCUUACUAGUCCUUUUCCGUCUUUUUACGUCCUUAUUAGUCCUUUUCUGUCCUUACUAAUCCUUUUCUGUCCUCAUUAGUCCUUUUCUGUCCUUACUAGUCCUUCUGUGUCCUUUUCCGUCCUUUCUGUCCUUAUUAGUCCUUUUCUGUCCUUACUAAUCCUUUUCUGUCCUCAUUAGUCCUUUUCUGUCCUUACUAGUCCUUCUGUGUCCUUUUCCGUCCUUUCUGUCCUUGUUAGUCCUUUUCUGUCCUUACUAAUCCUUUUCCGUCUUUUUACGUCCUUAUUAGUCCUUUUCUGUCCUUACUAAUCCUUUUCUGUCCUCAUUAGUCCUUUUCUGUCCUUACUAGUCCUUCUGUGUCCUUUUCCGUCCUUUCUGUCCUUAUUAGUCCUUUUCUGUCCUUACUAAUCCUUUUCCGUCCUUUUACGUCCUUACUAGUCCUUUUAUGUCAUUUUAUGUCCUUAUUAGUCCUUUUGUGUCCUUACUAGUCCUUUUGCGUCCUUACUAAUCCUUUCCCGUCCUUUUACGUCCUUAUUAGUCUUUUUCUAUCCUUACUAGUCCUUUUAUGUCCUUUUACGUCCUUAAGAGAAGACACCUGCUUUCGUUUCUAACCCUUUUGUAGGUUCUCAUCACAACAGCUUUCUUAAAAGAAUAAAAAUUAGCUAAAGCAAUGCUCAAUGACCAAAGCGACGACUAAUUGGUGUAUUACAAAAUAAAUGGAUCGAUUUCAGUGAUAUUUGUCAAUAUGCCGAUAACUAACGAUUUCAUAACCCCAUAGUGUUUUUUCGGUAAAAUUGGGAACUUAUUGUUACUUUGUGCUGCAAUCAGAUUGCCAUAUAUGAACAAACAAUGCUGCGAAAACCGAUGUCAUGAACUUAGCUUAAUAUGGUUAUGUCCUCUGAAAUAAGACUAGGAGAUCUUUCUUAAACGACUUCAUUUCGUCAGACCUUACUAGUCAUCGACCCGGUAUUGUGGAGAGAGAACUUCGUCUUACUUUACUUACAGGUAACUGAUCAUUGCUUGACAUCAUAUUCAUUUUUUGUUCAGUCAUAUACUUUCAGUCUGACCUAUUGUUCGUUCUUUUCAUUGAAACUGCGCCAUCGUGUUUUAAUCGACAAAUUCAUUUCUUUGAUGGAACAAUUUUUCCGUAAUAUAAAUUACUGAGGUACAAUAUCGUCACUCAGAAUUGACUAAAACCUGAUGUAGUGCAACCAAAAAACUAACGUUUUCAUUUGUGUCUUUUUAAGGUUUACAUCAUGUCAGGAGAUACAGUAGAACCCACAGCAAACGCCACAGUAACUGAUGAAAGUGAAUUUGAGGAUAUUCCUUCUUCGAAACUGAUCGAGUUUGAAGGAUCCAUUGGUUUCAAAAAAGGGAACUCGUUUGUCUCGAUGACAAAUUUUAGCCUUGAGUGCGUUGGAUACGUCAAAGGAGAGAGAAGAAACAUUGAUGUGCGACCUAAAUCAGUAGAUCCAAGUCAUCAAGAAGAGCAAGCCUCGAGAGAUAAUGGGUAAGCUUGAUAAUGAUUUUAAAAUUAGACGCUUGGAAGUUCUUACCACAGUCUGUCGCCAGUACGACGUUUUAUAAGAACUAGUAAAAAUUAAAGAUAUAUUUUGCUUCAUGAGCAAUCAUAUUUUGGACAAAUCCACCCAAGCUGAUAUCUAUACGACGGCAUAGUUAUUUCGGAUACCCGAUUUCUCUCAAUGUUUAGUUUAUUAACGAAGCUUCUCAGCUGGAUGCAUCUACCCCUCGUCUAUUUUACCAUUUUCAAUCUCUUGAAUAGGACAUCGUUUUCAGUGCACUUAGCCGCCUCGGCAUUCGAAAUUAGUCACAUUUUCAAUUUUUUUUUUUUUAAACAAAUUUGAUGAGCCAAAACGCAGACCUCUAGUAAUGGAUACAACUGCUCGGAGGCACCAACAGUCUAAAGUUUUAAUGUCAGUGUGUUAGGCAAAAGCUUAUUUAUUUAUUUAUUCCCUUCAUUGGCUGUCUAGAACGCACGAAGAUGCUUUUGUUGGCUACUUUGUUUACAAAAUGGCGUUGUCAAAAACACAUUUCAUGCUCUCCAAACUUCCCGUGUGCAUCCAUAACUCGAUAUUACGAACGCUAAGCAUGAAAAAAUUCUUAAAUUUGCCCUUCCACAGGGAACAAUCAUGGUAAAAGUUAAGAACUUAAAAACGCUAACAGUCUUUUUUUUUUCGUUUUCAAGGAUAAAUUAUGAUUAAGUGACAGCCUAUUAAGGGGCGGGGGGUGGGGGUUGGGGUGGGGAUAUAAAUGAUAUCAGAAAAUAAUUUCUACACCGAUCUUGAGCAAAAACAAAUGUCAAGGUCAUUCAUAUCAUGCCAAUGCAUUUAAAUUUGUUUGAACACCUACUGUUACUUUGCAAUUCAAAAGGAAAACGAUCUAUUUUAAAGCCUUUUCAUGGUAUGUGGUGUAUAUAAUCUAGCUAAAUUAGAAUUUCUUCGUUUCCUAGGUACUUAUUAUUUCUGCUGCAGCCUUACGUUCUAUUUCUCUAAACUACACCAAGUUAAAUACUGGAUUUAACCUCAGAGACUAAAAUUUACCUUACAAACAUAUAUAGUGCUGACUACGACAAAAUGUCUGUCGUUAUAGUUUAAGUUAUUUCGCGAUUAUGUCUAAGAUUUCCUUUGACAGUAGAACCCGUUUAAAUCUCUUUUAAGGGAGAGAGGCACGAUUAGGCCACCAGUAGUGAAAAGCACUUUUCGCGCCUGAUUGUCUGAUCGCUCCGAGCAAAAAUUGAUAACCAAGCCAUGGAAUAGUACAAAAUCGAUAAAGGUUUUCUUUUCCUCCUUCAGGGAAUCACAUUUUCUCACAUGCAAAGAAAUGAGCAGUCAACUUGGAAUUAUGAACAAAUUAUCCAAGAGAAACCUCUGGACCGCGCCCAGUAAAGAGCAGUACCUUCCUGCUUACGUUAAGAUGCUGAGUGACCAGUACCUAACAGGACCAUCGCCACGUUCCUUGCAACCAGUGAAGGUUAGCAUCUCUCUCUACCUAUCGAAAUUAGUCUUAGAAAAUUGACGUACAUCUGCUCGAGGCCUAAGAAAAUGCAAAGUUACUUCUUCAACCUCACUUUAGAAAUGAAUUGAGGUGAUGGGAAAGAGUUACGUCUAGCCUCGACUUCAAAAUUAUUUUGAUGAGAAGUAUUUAUUUUUUAUUUUAUUGGCUUCGCCAACAUAAUAUAAAUACGAAGAGGUAAUCAAACAAAGUUACAAAGAAAAAGUGGCAGAGAUUCUGCAACAGCGUGAGCCAGUUACCGCGGGCCCAGAAAAUUAAAAAAUAUAAGAAUAGUUAAAAUAGAUAAUCACAAAAUUAAAAGCAACACGAGACAGGCUGGGCAAGACUACGACACUUAUUACAUUUAAAACAGACAGACUUAAAAGUGCGGGGAUUUUCACAGUAGUAAUUACUUAAGGCGGUUUUGUAAUACUCUAUCAUUUCCUGUUUAAAAUCAUUCAGGGCGUAGAUGUGAUCUUUUUUUUUUACUCUAAUGACACAUUCAGUCUGUAACAGUAUAUAUCAUUUAUCAUACGACAGUAACUAGUAUAAAAUAGCAAUUUGGUUGUAUGCAAGGAAAAAAGGAGGGAAAUUCCUAGCCUACGAAAGCAUCCGUUUCUCCCCAGCGGCGAAGAGCGAAGGAGAAACGGAUGCUUUCGCAGGCUAGGAAAUUCCCGCUAAGACUACACCUACUAGAAGCUAAAAAAAGCGACAUUUGUUCACUAUUGCUCGGUAAUAAUUCCGAAAUAAUCAUUACCAAAAGGGUCAUAAAAACCUAUGAGUCGUUAAUGACGCUAAUGAAAUGAAGUUUCCCAAUAAUGUGCAAUGCAAGAAUGUGAGGUUUCAAGUAACUGAAAAUUAACGGCAUUGUUUUAGAUACUGGGGCUUCAACGGGACUCAGACCCGGCUACGUGGGUCCUGGGGAAAAAUUUGAUCAUAAGCGUGGGGAAUGACGGAACUUCAAGAAUACUGUCCUCAGAGGAGACAAUGUUUAGUGUCAUCGAGGAUUUCUGUCGAAUUCCGAUGUUGCGACCUCAACGUCAGUGAUGUAGAGUAAUUAUUUUUCUUUUCAAUUUUGGCUUCGUUACUUUGUGUUUGCUAACGUACUUGUUCAGACAUAACAUGUUAUCCGCAUAUAUACUUGUUAGGUGUAUAUCUCCAUAUGGGAUUGGGAACAAAUCACCUUGUUUCUUUUCUUAUAACAGCAAACCUCUUUUUGCAACGAAUGUUUUAGUUCGUUGGAUUGUUCUUCAUUAACUCUCCUUAUAAAUUCAUAAUUUCAUUUUUUUUAUUUUCUUAAGCUGAAUUAGACGACGGAGACGGUCUGUUGAAACUUCUGGACUUCCAGGAAAAAGCCUUCGGAGAGAAUUUUCCAGCCGCUCUCCUAGUGUUAGGUGGCACUGCACUUGCUGUUCACUAUGAACAGCUUAGUAACACCUUCCAUGUGCCACCUAUAAUGGCUUUGGGCGAACCAAUAACAGCGAAAUCAACAGCCGUCGAAACUGCCUUGUCCAUGUUUGGAAUGCAGGAUUGCGUGGGAGGUAAUUCAAAUAGUUUUUAGAUGCCAAUCUUACCGCCUUUUGAGGUCUGGAAGUUGAUUCAUUGGAAUUUAACGUAAGAGAAGAGAAGUCUAAUAGUAUAAAUAUUCCAGCCAAAACAAGGGAUGGUUACCCGUUUGCCCCCCAAGGCCCUUAACUAUACUGCAAUCAACUAUUUUUUUUUCUGGUUGUGGGUUUAGUUUUUUGUUUAUAAAGUAGGAAACAUAUGUGGUUAAGUUGUCCUUAAUGGAGUUAUUAUCAUGACUGCCGACUUAGCAGGUGCAUGCAUGGCACAUUUUACGAAUAUAGAAGAUGACACAGCGUCCAUAAUAACUGAGCCAUCCCAGUUCUUUUCUCUUAAUUUCUAUAAAGAAGGCGCCUCUUAAGGAUGAUGAAGACAAAAAAAGAGAGAGCUAAGUGUCACAGCCGUUUUUUUAGUCAGGUUUCCACACCGUGCACAUUAAUGGAAAAUUACCUUUUUGGUAAAAUCUACAGAGACAACUUUACCAGCUCUGGCUGAAAUUGGUAGCCGUCAGACCAUUCCUUUUUGGUGGGAGGACGUAGUCAUCUGUGAGAAAAUCGCAUGCACGGCUUUUAACAAGGUGGGUCUCUCCUACACGAACUGAAAUGUUCAAAGUAGUUUCAAAUAAGUGGAAAGGCAUGUAUCAAAAAUACGUUUCGCAGUUCGAUUUAUAUAGGUGAACACAAUAAGAAAAAGGAAGAGAUUGGAAAACUCUAAGCAUUACAUAGUUAUUGAAAUAAAAAGUUUUAUUACUUCCACUUUGAAAUCACUGGCUAUCCGUGCAAUCUGAUUGGCUCUCAGCAGUGUGAUUUAUUCCUAAAUCGCACCAUUUUUUGCUCUAAAUCGCAUCUGUUCCAAAUCGCAUCAUUCAUGUUCCAAAUCGCAUCAUUUCUGUUUUAAAUCGCACCAUUUUUGUUCCAUAUCGCAUCAUUUCUGUUUCGAAUGCAAAAUGAGAUGUAAAAGCUUUUUUGUUUCGGCUUUUUAACAAACCGGCUACUCGAUCAAUAAAAUAUUAGUACUGACUAAGUUCUGCGAUUUCAAAAUGGAUGUAAUAAAGUGGUAAUUGAACUUCGUGUCGUGCAAUUUUGGUCUGAAAUCAUACUUGUGAUUUCAAAUCGAACUCGCGCUGCGCGCUUGUUCGAUUUUGAAAUCACGCGUAUGAUUUCAGACCAAAUUGCACUCCACUCAGUUCAAUUACCAUUAUAAAUCAAAAUCCUAGAUAGGUUUUUGGUCCCACAACCUACAUCAUAUAUAAGGGAUUGCCUUACUAAACUAAAUGCCUAGUGCAAUAUGAGAUACAAAUAUAUGAGAAUUAUUAAAUCGUACAUGGAUGUUCUUAUUUCAAAGAAAAAAAUCUGGCUAGAGCCACUGAAGCGCCAAGUCGACCACAAAAUAAAAUAUCUACAAAAAAGGCCACUUACAUGUAUAAUCAUAAAUCAUGAUAUAUGAUACCUCAGGAAAUUCCCGAGUCUCGACUUGCUACCUUCGCUUCCUUUUUUAGUUUUUUUUUUUUUCGGCCCAACUGCAUUAUUACAUCCAUCGAAGGGCCUUAAAUGGGAUGGCCCUUCUGAAAGCUGACAUGUGUCUGGCCGUAAUAGAGAUGACGUCAACAAAACUAAAUCACUUCAGGUAUCUUCAUUUGUGUGGCUUAUAUCUUUCACUGGGAAUAUAUGUUUUACUCCUUUGUGAUAGGUUCAUUUAUUUGUUGUCAUCACUGUUCCUGAAAGUCAACAAAUUAGUUUAUUUAGGGCAGGAGAAAUUGGGAGGAAACUUUGCCAGAAUUGUCUAUCCUAUGUUACUUCUAGCUAUAUAUAUAGCUGGAUGCACAAGCAUAACAAAGAUCUUUCUUCUUUCCUUCUUUCUUUCUGUCUUUCUUUCUUUCAUUCAUUCUUCCUUUCCUUUUUUCUUUUUUUCUUCUUGUUUUUGUUUUUGCUCUUUUUUUAAAUAAUAGUCGAGUAGACGAACUCAGCACCGGGAAGUCCGGUUGAGAACCAUCCCAACCAUGACUAUGAAUCCAGAGCUGUUAAAAAAGAAGAGGAUGAAUGAGAUGAGUGCUUUAAGGUAGGAAAGUUUUGCAUAUGUCUCGCAUUCCAACAACGUGAUAUCGCACUUUAAAUAGAGCCGGAGCGACUUUAAUAGUUUUUGGUUGUGAAAGGCGUAAUUCAUUUUUGAAGAUAACAUCUUAUUUUCGAAUGUGAAGAUAUCAUGUUUUCGCGCGAAAGCUCAACUGGUAUUUCAUAGGUUUUUACGCAAUAGGGCGUUUUCUUUCAUGGUAAAAAGUAGAAGCUGAACAGUACAAUUUCAGUAACGAAUACGGUUUUGAAGGGCACACUCAAGGGGGAGACUUGUUUACAUCGGACUGUAACUACAUUAUAUUUCCGUUCACUGGAUCUCAAUGAGUUGAUAACAACAUCAAAAAAAUAAAUAAAUAAAAAAGAUCGGAGAAGAUCGAAUCCCGGAGGAAGAAGUGAGGGUACUUUAAUUUAUGAAAAAGUUGUCAUUAAGUUAUUCCUAACACUAUUUACUUAACAUUACCUUUUUGUAGGAUGUUUUCAAGGAUUUUGGUUAUACCCUUUGUAAAAGGGGCAAGGGAGAGCAGCCUUACAGAAAGGCUAGCUCAGCAAGAGUUAGAGUUCGAGGCAAAGAGAAAAGCUAGGAAAAGCGUGGGGAAAAUCCUCGAGCUCUGCAAAGAUUUCGAAAACAUAAAGGACGACUAAAAGGACAAGUAAGGACAAUAAAGGACUAGUCAGGACACUAGAGGACUAGUAAGCAUGGAAAAGGACUAGUAAAGACAUUAAAGGACUUGUUAGGACGGAAAAGGACUAGUUAGGACACUAAAGGACUAAUAAGGACGGAAAAGGACUAGUAAGGACGGAAAAGGACUAGUAAGGACGUAAAAGGACUAGUAACGAUACUAAAGGACUAGUAAGGAUGCUAAAGGACUAGUAAGGACGGAAAAGGACUAAUAAGGACGUAAAAGGACUAGUAAGGACGGAAAAGGACUAGUAAGGACGUAAAAGGACUAUUAAGGACGGAAAAGGACUAGUAAGGACGGGAAAGGACUAAUAAGGAUACUAAAGGACUAGUAAGGAUGCUAAAGGACUAGUAAGGACAUAAAAGGACUAGUAAGCACGGAAAAGGACUAAUAAGGACAGAAAAGGACUAGUAAGGACGGAAAAGGACUAGUACGGACAUAAAAGGACUAGUAAGGACGGAAAAGGACUAGUUAGGACGGAAAAGGACUAAUAAGGAUACUAAAGGACUAGUAAGGAUGCUAACGGACUAGUACGGACAUAAAAGGACUAGUAAGGACGGAAAAGGACUAGUAAGGACGGAAAAGGACUAGUUAGGACGGAAAAGGACUAAUAAGGAUACUAAAGGACUAGUAAGGACGGGAAAGGAUUAGUAAGGACAUAAAAGGACUAGUAAGGACGGAAAAGGAAUAGUGAGGAUAUAAAACGGCUAGUAAGGACGGAAAAGGACUAGUAAGGACAUAAAAGGACUAGUAAGGACGGAAAAGGACUAGUAAGGACAUAAAAGGACUACUAAGGACGGAAAAGGACUAGUAAGGAUAUAAAAGGACUAGUAAGGACGGAAAAGGACUAGUUAGGACGGAAAAGGACUAGUAAGGACGGAAAAGGACUAAUAAGGAUACUAAAGGACUAGUAAGGAUGCUGAAGGACUAGUAAGGACGGAAAAGGACUAAUAAGGAUACUAAAGGACUAGUAAGGACGGGAAAGGAUUAGUAAGGACAUAAAAGGACUAGUAAGGACGGAAAAGGAAUAGUGAGGAUAUAAAACGGCUAGUAAGGACGGAAAAGGACUAGUAAGGACAUAAAAGGACUAGUAAGGACGGAAAAGGACUAGUAAGGACAUAAAAGGACUAGUAAGGACGGAAAAGGACUAGUAAGGACGGAAAAGGACUGAUUAGGACAUAGAAGGACAAGUUAGGAUGAUACAGGAUUAGUAAGGUUAUUAAUGGACUAGUAAGUGCGGAAAAGGACUAGUUAGGAUACUAAAGGACUAAUAAGUACAGAAGAGAAGUAGUUUUGAGAAGUGUUUAUUGCUCACAAAACGUUGUGCACAAUGUUAAUUUAAUUUAUGUUGCACGACUAUAUGGUGUGCUACCAUGUAGUGCAUGCCCUGUGAUGUGAACAUUCCAGUGUUAAUGCUUGUGCUUCACACGAUGUUUCUGUCUCCAUUUCUGACUGAGUAUCUCGUCCCGAAAGGGUUGCUGCACACUUGAGAAGUGAUCGAUUACUAAAGGCUGAUAGUGCCAUUAUAAAUUGUAACAACCUUAAGAUGUCCUGUGAUGCUAUCAAGAAGCAUAUUAUAUGAACGAUCUCCAACCUUUCAAAGAAGCAAGUUUGAAACCGUUGGACACUUUCAAAAUGGACGCCAAAUCAACGAACCUGAUUGAGCAUGUGCAAAGGAACAAGCCCGCUGACCAGGGGUGCUUACCAUUUGACAGAAAAAUCCGGUUGGGGUGUCGAAAGCAUAAUGGUAAGCGAUUUGCCAGUUUACCGUAGAAAUGCCAUAUCCGUUACGGUUUGAAUCCAAAAAAGGGUAAAUUUGUGUCGCGUGAGUCUGGAACUGAGAAGGAACUGAGAAAUUGGUUAAUGGUAAGCAACAUUCCGUUUGGUUCGUACCAACCGGAAUGAAAGGACUACCUCAAUACGUACUCCUCAAUUUUCGGUUGGAAUUUCCGAAAAGUGACCUUACCAUUUACCUUCCAUCCGGAAUUUCCGAAAUUCUCCGUCAAAUGGUAAGCACCCCUGGUGUCCCUUCACUCUAUUGUUUCCAGGGGCCCGUUUCUCAAAAGUCCCGGUAAGUUUUCGGGCCCGAAAUCAAAUAUUCAAAUCGAAAUAUAAAGAAUAAGAGCGCGGGUCCAGGCUAGCAAACUACUCCAUUUUGUUUCAUUAACUGAUAGUCUUAUCAUGUUAGAUGCAAAAGUACUGAAACCUCGAUCUUUAAUGUAAACGGCAACAGCUUACCGGGCCCGUUAAUUAUCGGGACUUUCGAGAAACGGGCCCCAGGCCCCUUUCUUUUAACAAAUUGUCCGUUCCCAAACCUGAAGUCCGCGGACUUAAAAUAAGGAAGCGAUAAAGGAGGUUCAACGAUGAAGCCAGCACUCCGUUGAAUGUAAAAUGGACACAGUAAUUUGUGAAUGCGUUCUUUCUCUUUAAGUAAUGCGUUCUUUCUUUAAGUAAGACUCGCCGUUUUUGCGAGGCGAUAUUUUUUCUUUUAUUUCAAUUUGAUCAAAUUACAGUUGAAACUCUCUACAACGGCCACCUUAGGGACAUCGAAGAAAGUGGCCAUAGUAGAGAGGUUGAAAGAAGAGUAAAUGUAUGUCAUGUAUGGACCGUCCGCCGAAAAAAAAAACAACAAAACAAAAAUGGCCCGUGUAGAGAGGUGACCGUUAAGGAAGAAACACCUUAUACUGACUGGAAUCAAUGAGGGAAUACUACUGAGUCUUGAAGGCUGUUGUGUUUGCCGCGACAGAUAUGCCGUUUUUCGAAAAUUGCCGCACAGUCGCAAGCUAUAUCUUUGCAUGAACUCUGCCAGCAGAAUUUUCUUUUCAGCGUCACUUUUAAGCGUGUACGCGAAGUCGUUCGCACCAUAAAAUAUUUGCGUGGUUGGCUUGUUUACAUCGCACACCAACAUCGAACACCAAAUGAGUGAUCAAAAAAACUAUGCGAACUAGUAUCAGGACACAAACGACUUACUAAAAACAGUGCCGGGAAUAAAUUGCUGUUAGGAAUUAAGCUAGCAUUAUAUGACAACCUUACUAAACCUUUACUUGUAGCGUAAAUGAGCGUAAAGCUGUUACAACAACUUUAUGCUAGCUUUACGAAACCUUUAAGAGCCGAGCGCGUAAAUUUACCUUUACAAACCUUUACGCGUCGUGGAAAGUUUGCGUAAAGUUGGAUGACCAACUUUACGCAGGUUUACGCAAACUUUAAUUUUGCGUAAAUCUCCAUUUUCAUGCUGUGUAUGUUUGAGUCACUCGCCCGUAAAAUGAACAGUGCUCAAAAUAUGAAUCCAGCGAUUGGGUUCAAUGCAACUCUCACGUUUAUUACCUACCCUGAAAAAGGUGGUAAAGGUUCAGCUUCUAAAAAUCCAAACAGAUUGCCAUUUGAUUUGAUGCACAAAAAGAAAAAUUGUAUGAUCAAGAUCAAAAACACAGAUGAUUUAUGUUGUGCCCGUGCCCUCGUAACGAUGAAAGAGUACGUGGAUGGAGACCCAGACAAACAAUAUAGAAAUCUACGUGAUGGCAGACCCAUUCAAGAACGCCUAGCCAAGCAGCUUCACCAAGAUGCAAUUGUACCUGAGGGACCCUGUGGCUAUGACGAACUAGAAAAAUUUCAAGCGUUUCUAGGACCCCAAGGCUACAAAAUCAUCGUGGUAGAUUACGUCUCUUGUGCCUGUAUUUUUCAAGGCAAUGUGGAUCAGUAUAGCAAAGUCAUUUAUUUGCUUAAACACGACAAUCAUUACAAUGGCUUACGAAGCAUGGCCGCCUUUCUGAAUCGAUCCUACUUCUGCCCUGAUUGCUGUAAAGGGUUCAACACACAUGACACAGCAAGCCAUUCUUGUAGUGGUCGUAAUUGCUGUAGUUGUCAGCGCACACGUUCUCAGAAAAAUAAUGGUGGCUGCCCCGAUUUUUCCCCAGGAAAAAAGAGAACCAUUCACUGUAAAGACUGCCAGCGGGAUUUCUAUGGUCCAGACUGUUUCAAGGCUCAUAAAGAAACAAAAGGCAAGAAAACAGUGAGUCUUUGUCAGAAGCUAAAAAAGUGUUUAAAAUGCUGUAAAGGUUAUAAAGUCAAUCCAAAGAAGCCACACAAAUGCUACCAUGACACUUGCCGUUACUGCCAUGAAUUUGUUGAAAUAUACAAUCACAAAUGUUACAUCCAGCGUGUUAAAGAGGUAGAUGAUGAGGAACACGAUGAUGAUGAUGAUGAUGAUGACGAGGAAAAGAAGCUACCACCUCUCAUGGUGUUUGCUGACAUCGACUGUUUGAUAGAACCCACAGAGCAGGGAAAGCAGUUAUUCAUAGCAGAUUUGGUUCGAUAUCCUACUGAAGAACAUCCACACAAUGUUUCUCAUGCCUUUAGUGGCGAAACCUGCAUUCAAAAGUUUAUUGACGCAAUGAAUCAACUAACAGAAGUGGAAGACAAACAGCGCGAUUUAUUUAUAGUUUUUCACAACCUCAAGGGUUUUGAUAGCAACUUUAUCAUCGAGGAACUUUACCGUCAGGGUAUUAAGGUGGAAAACCAGCUGACGACGGGCGCCAAAACCCUGAAGUUUCAUUACUGGUAUCUGGACGCCAUGAUUACCUUCAAAGAUUCACUUUGUUUUCUCCCAAUGCCACUGGCCGAGUUGCCUGAAACAUUCAAUUUCGUCGAGCUUCAUAAAGGUUUCUUUCCACAUGCGCUCCAUACAAGAGAGAGUUUAACU